AUGUCAGGCAUUAAAUCUCACCUCGGCGAGCAGCUCCGCAAUGGUCUGCGCGUGUCUGUCAAGACGCGCUUUGGAAGAGUGACGGGAGCCCGCGCCGCGAACGGAGCGAUCGCAUUCCUUGAGGUCCCGUAUGCACUUCCGCCGAAACGUUUCUCGGACCCGGACCCGCUGCCGCCUACUUUUCGUUACGAGGAUAAGGAGUACGUAUACGAAACUAAGCACUGCGCCCAGCCGGGCAACGAUGGUCAAAGCGCUGGAACCCCACCUGUUCACCGUGUAGGCAUGGGUGAACCCUCCGAGGACCCCCUGUACGUGAACAUCGUUUGUCCGUCGGACUUCAGCCCCGAGAGCAAGUAUCCGGUGAGAGUAUACAUUCAUGGAGGCUUCCUUCAGUUCGGUUCCCCCCAUGGUCUCAGCAGUCAAGCCCAGUUCGUCGCCGAAACUCGCAAGGAGGUAUGGGUUAACAUCGGCUAUCGCCUUUCGAUCUUUGGCUUCCUUGCAUGCGACGAGCCGCGCAUCGAGGGCAACUAUGGUUUCAAGGACCAGUGGCUUGCUCUUCAGUGGGUCAAGGACAAUAUCGUGAACUUCGGCGGUGAUGUGGACGAUAUCAGGCUGUCUGGCCUGAGUGCGGGUGCUCAUUCGGUGCAUCAGAUUCUGCAUCACGUCUCGCACCUCCCAGCUGGCCAAGUGGCACCUUUCCAUUCUGUUCAGAUGCAGUCCAACGGUUUCCUAACGACUCCUAAGUCUCUCGCCGAGCUUCGCCCUCAGUACCAUGACCUAUGCACGGCCCUUGGCCUAUCUCCCACAGACCCCUCCACCCUCGAGAAGCUUCGCGACCCCUCCCAGAUCUCCGCCUCGAAGCUGACGGACCUCAUCACAUCUGAAGAGCUCGGCAUGCACGGCACCUUCCGCGGCGCACUCGACGGCACCUGGCUCCCGACGUCCGUCGACCCGAUGGCAUGGCAGCGCAGCGGCGCCCUCGCGCGCGCGCUCAAGGCCAAGGGCGUGCGCAGCAUCUCGAUCGGCGACCUCACCGAGGAGUGGUACCUGUACGCGAUCGCGCACCCGGUCCACGCGCCGCGCGACGCGUACACGAACAUGCUGAGGUACUACCCUGAGAGCGUCGUGCGCGCGCUGUUCGAUGCGUAUGCGAAGCGCGGGGUUACGCCUGGGGAGACGGCGGCGAGCGCGUUUGAUUAUAUGGGGAGGGUGGUUGCUGAUGGGCAGGUGCAUAUCCCUGUGAGGAUGUUUGUAAGGGACUUUGCGGGGGCGGGAGGGGUGCCGGUGGUGAGGUAUGAGAUUCGGUGGACGCCGGAGCAAGUGAGGCCGAAGGGAUACGUGACCCAUGCGACGGACCGUCCUCUCUGGGCGCUGCGCACGCCGGAGCUGAGCCCCGAGCAGGAGCACGUCGCGUUGGCCUGGCUCGACGCUAUUGAUGCUGCCCAUGCAGAGCUUGAGGGCGGGCAAGGCAGCGGCGUCUUGGCGUGGCUGCGUACGAAGACGCGGGGCGUGAAGGAUAUCCUGACGCUCAAAGAGGACAAGACGAUCGGAUGGACGGUAGACAAGAAGUGGGACGAGCUGAUGAGCAUCGUGCCAGUGCUUCCCGGCGAGAGUAAGGCGAAGCUAUGA